UGCGUUGGAAUGAGCGAAGCGGCAAGGGAGAUCACUGCGUUGGAGUUUGAUAUUAUAGUGGUAUACAGCCUAACAUCGGGUCACGUGAUACCUGCUGAAGACGGAAAAACGAGCCAAAAACAAGUGUUUGUGAAGCAUGUCUGGUAUUGCCCUUGCAAGACUCGGAGAGGAAAGAAAAGCAUGGAGAAAGGACCAUCCAUUUGGUUUUGUCGCUAAGCCAGCCAAAAAUUCAGAUGGUACCUUGAAUCUUAUGAAUUGGGAAUGUGCUAUACCUGGCAAGAAAGGAACUAUUUGGGAAGGAGGCUUAUAUAAACUGAGAAUGCUGUUCAAGGAUGAUUACCCUAGUUCUCCACCUAAAUGUAAAUGUGAGCCACCUCUGUUUCACCCCAAUGUUUAUCCCUCUGGCACUGUAUGUCUGUCAUUGUUAGAUGAAGAAAAAGAUUGGAGACCAGCCGUUACAAUCAAACAGAUAUUACUUGGUAUACAAGAACUGCUAAAUGAACCCAAUAUCAAGGACCCAGCACAGGCGGAAGCUUACACUAUUUAUUGUCAGAACAGAGCAGAAUACGAGAAACGAGUAAAGGAGCAGGCUCUAAGAUUUAGGGAUCCAUCAUUGUAGCCUCUUCAUCCGUUGUCGAAAUCAAGAGUCAUCUGACAAAAUCUGUAAAUUAAUUUCGCUCAUAAUAUCAACUUUGGAGACAACAAAAGUUUAUAUUUUAAUAAAAAAAAAAAGUUGUUAAAAUUGCUCUGUAAUAAGAAUAUUUAUGUAAAAUACAUUCAAGAUAUACAAUUGUAUUUACUGAAAUAUAUUUUUUAAGAACUAACUGAAUGUAAAAAAUUGUCAUCAAAUAAAUUUGAUCGAAUGAAAACCUUGUUUGUACAGCUACAUUUACAAUGUAAUGUAUAACAAGUUAUUCAUGAAAAAAAAACUUUUUUUUUUUUAGCAGUAGUACACAUUUACACUGUACUUUAAUAGCUAUUCAAUGUAUUAGGUAUGUAUUUUUUAAAACUUAAUGCACAGUACUAAUGAUACACACAGACAUGUUAUUUUUAUGUUUACGUAGAUACUAUGAAGUAACUGUUCAAAUUUUCAAAUACCAAUUUUGGUAUAAUAUAUCUUUAAAUUAAGAUGUGCUAUACAUAUACUGUAUCAUCUGUUAAACAGGAGAUAUUAAAAGAGUGUCUUUUCAUACUGAAUUUAUUCAACAAGUUUAAUCAGUUUGAUAUAGAAAGACACAAUUGCAAGAUUCUUUUUAUCACAUCUUUUUCCUCAUGAAAUUUCUUCUUUCUUUACCUCUUAUAACAGUCAGUUAGACAAAUGUCUCCUAUACUUUUAACCAACAUUAUUGUCAAAGUGUUAUUACAAUACAACUGUAAUUGCUUUAUUUUACACCCAUGACGUCAAACAUGAGAUAAAUAUGGUCAGUUAUACUGUAAAAACUAAUAAUUGUUGUGGAGGAUUAAAUUUCAUGAAUGUUUUUGUCCUUGAAAUUAAAUCCUUGUUAAAAUGUAAACUUACUAUCUUUUUAAUUUAUCAGAUGUAAAAUCCACAAAUUUAUUACCCAUAGAAUUGCAGUUUAGGCAAAAACAGUAAGUUAAUGACCAUAAAUUAACUGUUUUCACAGUAUACAAAUAGUGCUUUUUUAUUUGAAAAUGUCAUUUUGAGUUGUUGAACUUCGAUAGGAGUUGAAGAUAAUUUGCUAUUGUUAUAAUUUGUAUUCCAUUGUUUUGUUCGGUAACUUUACAAUAUAUCCUGUUAGUGCUGUUGUCACGUAAUAUGUAUUUUUGGUUUGUUCCGUUUCUGAGGAUAUUUUCUUUAAGUUAUGAUUAAUUUACUUCAGACCAUUGUAUGUUUGUUCUGUUGUAAGUGGCAGAAAUAAAUGUUUCAGAGAGUUUUCAUGUACCUGAAACAAUGCUUAGGGUUCAGGGUAGGCGGGGUGAGGGGACGGCAACUGUUGUCUUUCUCAUCCAAUUUGGGUAUGGUCUUAACUGUCUCUGAGUCACUUGCACAGCAAGCAAUAAUCAGUAGUAGUAUUUUACUGGAGGCUAAUGUAAUGUAAUGUGAAGAAGCCAUCUAAUAAAAACAAACAUGAACCUGCCUAUCUGGAAUUCAUAUAUUUUUGUUGUAUUUUUGUUAAUUAAUUUUUUUUCUCUUGUUUUGAACUACUAUUACUGCUAGAUAUAAAUUCAUAGAUUUCAAAUUGUAAAGGUUGAAUGAAUGGUGGAAUAGACCCAAACACUACACCUCAUGAAUACUUAAAGUAUGACAGUAAUUGAAAUGACUUUCCAGAAGCAAGACUAAACUGCCAUUGUCCCUGUUUUAUUGAUAACAUAUAUCAUUAACUGUAUGUAUGGAUGAUGUCUACUUUUAGGAGUACUGGGGUAUCACAUUUUUUUUUCAGUCAGAACUGUUCAACAGACCGGAAUAUGAGAGAUGGGUUAGGGAGCAGGCUAUGAGAUUUAUGCAUGCUUCAUUGUAACAUCUUCAGAGUCACACUGUCAUAUGUCCAGAUCUGUAAGACAGCUAAACUUUGCCUAAAAAAAACAGUGGUAUAAAAUCUUACUGAAAUAAAAAUAUUUAUAAAUUAAAUGUAAAAUAUAUCAAAAGUAAUAGGUAACUUUUGUGUUGAAAAUCAUUUAGUUAUAUGAGUGGUGCCAUUUUUUAUGCCGUAAUCAGGAUCAUUUGCUGUUGUUAAUAAUUUGUGUCUAUUGUUUUAUCCAGUACUAGUAACUGGAUACAAGUUGCAAUAUAUACUGUCAGUACUAUUGCCUUGUAACAUAUAAAAAUCUGUGCUUUCAAUCCAUGAAGAUAUUUUUAGUGGGUCAUUGAGAUUAAAUGCAGUCAGAACACCCUGGUUGUACUAUUAUAAAAGCAAACCAGAAAUUCAUGAAUUUUUAUAAUUUUGGAAUGGAUUGCUUGUAGCCUCUGUGCUUAGUUAUUUGAAUGUAAAUUGAUUCUUGUGAUGGUAGCUUAUCCUUUAUCAGUGGAAUAUAAGAAUCUUUCACUGGUUGAAGGUGCAAGAUUGAAAUAUCUGGCUUUAGGGUAACUGUUUAAAUUAGGCAGUAAUGAGGCUCUGCUAAGUUACCACAGAACAGUUACUUGAGAGCCAUCCGCACCUUCAGCCAGUGAUGACUUCUUUUUUGUGUGUGUGCCAUUUUAAUGCAUUAAUAGAAGAAAUAGAGUAAAACGAAGGCUAUUCUUUUAAGCUAAAAUGAAGGCUUCUCUUUGGAGUACCACUUUAAUGUAGUAGCAUAUGAAUUUACACAUUCAUUCAUAAAUUACAGCACACGAGCUCUUAUAACCUGGAGUGUAUAAUUACUUUUUCCAGAAUUGGCAAAAACACACGUCAAGAAAAUCCUGUCCGGCAUGCAAAAUAGAUAGAUACAAUACAUAUAUUAUGUGAUUGUCUGGCAUGAAAAUUUGACUUGUUCUUUCUAGGCAUGGGAAAGAAGAGCCAAACCUCUUGAUGUGUUUGAGAGUUGUGUUCAUGAACUUAUUUACUUAUUUAGAUGCCAUAACAGCUGAAAGACAAAUCCUUUAAAACUGAAAGUACAUUCAAUUUACCUGUUUAAGUUACAAUCUUAUAUAAUUUAAUUGCCAAUUAUUUUCUGUAUUGUGUUGAGGUUCAAGUAUGUUGUUUUGUUACCUCUUGAUUUUGGAAUGUUUUACUGAACAGAUCUUCACAGUAUGUCUGGGAUAUUGAUUAGAACAAGCAGUUUUAUAGGAAGUUGGAAAUUAAGUCUUGCCUUUAUAACAUACGCUUUGAUGCACAUUGAUGCUUCAGUGCAAAAAGUAGAGAACUGUGUUGACAUAAAAAAGCAGUUAUCAGUUUUUCACAUUGAGGUGACAGUGGUCUUCUAUAGAGAACAUCCAACUUAUUCUUCCAAAUGUUGCAAUUUUGUAUGGCUUAUUCGGCUUGUGCAGGUUAAAUAUUCAAAUUGGUAUAGAGGGUAUUUAUUUCAGUGCGAAGUUAAUAUUGAGAAAUAUAUGAUAGUCCCACAUUAAUUCUGUAUGUAAUGAGAAAAUACCUGUUUUAAAAAAGUUUUCUAUGAAAGAAACAUGGACAGAAGAAAUUUAUGACAUACAUACAAUCAGUACUUCUUCCAAUUUUGUAAUAGUGUCAUAUAUAUAUAUAUAUAUACAUGUAUAUAAGAAAAAAAAUUAACUGGGUUGGAGAUAACGGAGCACCUUACAUGAACCUCAGAUGCAUUUGGUGUAAAUUAUAUUUUGUAAAUAAAAAUAGAUCUGGA